ACAGCCUCCUUCACCCGAUCUGACUAUCCUGACCUCUGCUCUUCCCUGGUUGUCAUCGCACCCCCUUCAGCACCCCUUCGCUGAACGGCCAGUCAACUCUUUGCCUUUGAAUGGCAGGCAUGUCCCUUCUUGAAUGCCUCUCCCCGACCCCCGCCCCAAGCUCCUGAAAAAGGAAACAUGCGCACUUCAGAGCUAGAAGCUGUCCGAGUGCUGAAAUUUAUAGGCUGGGUAAGAUCACGUCUCUCUCUUUCUGUAGCCCUCAUUCCAGCACAGGAUCUCAGCAUUUCUGCCCUCUGCUCCCUACCCACUCCGGCGCGCAAAGUCCUUCCCCCGCACCUCAUUUCCAACUUCUUUUUAAAAGACAACAUUUUCUAGAGAAAAGGGACUUGCUAACCCAAAAGGACUUCAAACAAAAGCCACAGCAACCCGACUUCCAGCAUGGCAUUGUCACCAGCCCCCUUCGCAUGGUGAUGCGAUUAAGGUAGCAGCGUUUUUCCUUAUUCAGGAGCAGCGGCUGAAGGAUCCCUCAGUUCUAAGGCUUUGUCUUUCCUGGGUUAACUGAUGGUCCGGAGCCCCAGUUUGACCUGACCAUGACGCCUAGGACUGGCACUUUUUGUUUUUCCUCAGCCAACUGUCCAAACCCAAAUCUCUUUUUGAUUUUCAAGGAAACUAGAUUCCUGCCAGAUUUUCAAUCUGGACAAUAGAUAGAUACUUUGUCCUAGCUUCUUUCUGGAAUCAUUUCGGGGAUAUUUUCCACAAGCAUCACAGAAACAGGAAUGAACCGGCAGCUAGUGAACAUUUUGACAGCCUUGUUUGCAUUUUUCUUAGAGACCAACCACUUCAGGACGGCUUUGGGCAAAGACCAUGACUCCCGGUCUGGCAAACAGCCUUCGCAGACCCUGUCUCCUUCAGAUUUCUUGGAUAAAUUAAUGGGAAGGACAUCAGGAUACGAUGCAAGAAUCAGGCCAAAUUUUAAAGGUCCUCCAGUAAACGUUACUUGCAAUAUUUUUAUCAACAGUUUUGGAUCAGUCACAGAAACCACCAUGGAUUACCGAGUGAACAUUUUUCUGAGACAACAGUGGAAUGACUCCCGGCUGGCAUACAGUGAGUACCCUGAUGAUUCCCUGGACUUGGACCCAUCGAUGCUGGACUCCAUUUGGAAACCUGAUUUGUUCUUUGCCAAUGAGAAGGGUGCCAACUUCCAUGAUGUCACCACCGACAACAAAUUGCUUCGGAUUUCAAAAAAUGGCAAAGUGCUCUACAGUAUCAGACUCACCUUGACCUUAUCCUGUCCCAUGGACUUGAAGAAUUUUCCAAUGGAUGUCCAGACUUGUACAAUGCAGCUGGAGAGUUUUGGGUACACGAUGAAUGACCUGAUAUUUGAGUGGCUAAGCGACGGUCCAGUUCAAGUUGCUGAAGGAUUGACCCUACCCCAGUUUAUUUUGAAAGAAGAGAAGGAACUCGGCUACUGCACAAAACACUAUAACACCGGAAAGUUUACCUGCAUUGAGGUUAAGUUUCACCUGGAACGCCAGAUGGGAUAUUAUUUGAUCCAGAUGUACAUCCCCAGUCUGCUGAUAGUCAUUUUGUCCUGGGUCUCCUUUUGGAUAAACAUGGAUGCAGCCCCUGCCAGAGUCGCGCUGGGCAUCACCACAGUCUUAACGAUGACUACUCAGAGUUCAGGUUCCAGGGCAUCGCUGCCAAAGGUCUCCUAUGUCAAAGCGAUUGACAUCUGGAUGGCAGUGUGCCUUCUGUUUGUGUUUGCCGCUUUACUGGAAUACGCAGCAGUGAACUUUGUCUCCAGGCAACACAAGGAGUUCCUGCGGCUGCGGAGAAGACAGAAGAGGCAGAAUAAGGAAGAAGAUGUUACUCGUGAAAGUCGUUUUAAUUUCAGUGGUUAUGGGAUGGGUCACUGCCUCCAAGUGAAGGAUGGGACAGCGGUCAAGGCCACACCUGCCAACCCGCUCCCACAACCCCCACAAGAUGCAGAUGCCAUCAAGAAGAAGUUUGUGGACCGGGCAAAAAGGAUUGACACGAUAUCUCGAGCUGCCUUCCCAUUGGCCUUCCUCAUUUUCAACAUCUUCUACUGGAUCACAUACAAGAUCAUUCGGCAUGAAGAUGUCCACAAGAAAUAGAUGUGCCCUUCAGACCCUGGGACCGUCUUGCCUAAAGUGUUGUGCUUGUAUAUACACAGUGAAAUUGUCUUUAUAUCACUUUGACAGAGGAGAAGACUGGGGGAUGGGGGAGGGAGGACCAUGGGGCAGGUUUCCUGGCACCUGUAAGUUAUCUGGCAAUGAAGGAAAAUGUUUGCACAAAAUUAAGGUGUUGCAGAAUCACGUGAGCAUAAUUCCCUUCAUAGUCUUUAGCACUGUUCUUUCAGAUGAUGCAUCAAUUAGACAUGAUAUGCAAGGUCAAGUUCUCGAGUGCAAUUUGUCUUUUGGUUUGGUUUUGACUAAUUCUGGUACUGAAAAGUUAGCUUCACACACACACACACACACACACACACACACACACACGGAAAAUGCUUACCAUCUGACCAUAGUGACUAGCCUACAGUGAGCUGAGGACCAAACUUUUUUCAGGAAAAUGCUGCCUCAUUUUUAAAACAAGCCUCCUGAGCUAAGUACUUUACAAUGUCUGUAAUUAGUGUUUCACCAGAGAAAUCCUUUUGUGGGUCUUAAGUUAUUUCUACUGAUUGAAAACAACAACAAUAAAAAAAUUAACACCAAUCACAAAGAACAGAUUUCUACUUUCCUGUCUGUGUGGGUGUGCAUUUUAUUAUUUUUCUUUCCUAGAUGUAAUUUUGGGGUUUAAAUUGUGUCUCGUGUAAUUGAUUUGACAGUAUACCCUCUUAAAAAUGAACGCCCAUUUUAUUUUAGAUCCAAGUUAGCGCACUAUUUUGUUCGCUUUGGCUAUAUUUACGUGUGAAGUGCUCAAGUGUCACUUAGCCAUUGCAGCCUCUUGGCCACAGUAUUUAUGGAGAUGGUGUGUCCUGAAUGGUGUAGCUCAUAUUAGCCUGAACUUCCCAUUUCUGCUCUCAUCGUAGGUGUAACUACUAGUCCUAAUGUCAACCGACCCAUAAUUUCUACUGUCAAUCCAAGUGAAUAUCGUUUUAAAUAUCCUUAAUGAACUUAAAGAAUUUUAAAAUUGUACUGUGAUUUUCAUAACCCGUUGCCUUUUUGGUACCAGAGCUACGUGGUUUAAAUCCUGGCUACAUGUUUUAAGUAAGAAAAAAAUAAAAUAAAAGACGUAUUUUUGCUUACUCAGAUAAAAGACAACCUGUAAAAACAUAAUGAAAAGAUUAAAUUUUACAUGUGCUGUAAAAGGGAUUAUUAAAAAAAAAGUACUUGUUCAAUUUCAAUAAAGCUA